AUGCCACCCAAGCAAAUGGCAGGCAAGGGCCGUACUCUUAACGAGCCCAGCUUCGCGUCUAGCACUAUUUCGGCCUUUACAAGCAAGGACAACAGGAGUAUUGUUACUGCUGCGGGGCUGUUUGCUAUCGGUGUAACAUUCUUGCACAGCAGCUGGGCCGAAAUCCUACUCCCCGCGUAA